AUGCCCAAAUCCACCACUUCGUACCACAGCGACGAUGACGGAGACCGCAGUGGCACCCUGCAUGGCUCCGGUUUCCUAAACCCUGAUGAUAGGCCUAGUGCUCCUCCCUCUCCCGUGGCACGCAGGCACAAAUCGACCCGCCCAUCCGACUCCGAUCUGCGAAGCCAUAUCUUCAACCGCGGCGCCGAUGAGACCUCCAGUCUCCUGCGGCACAGAGACAACGACCAUGGUGGCUACCUAACCGUGCCCGAUACCACGCCGGGCACGCCGAGGCCUUACGUUGGAAGGCAUAACAGCGGGAGCUUGCGCCUUCCACGGAACCAUAGUCGGAACCACAGUCGCAGAUUGUCUUUCAGCUCAAGGCUGGUGAAUGCCCUGGGCGUGGAGCGGCGUCAAGCGAUGGAAGCAAGCCUUCAAGAAGCCAGACACUCCGUCUUCCGCGACGACCGCGCUUGGUAUGACCAGUUUACCUCGACCGACUGGGUCCACGAUAGUAUCGCCGAUGCCUUCCGGGUCAAAGGUCUGCGCAACAGGAAGGACUUCCGCGGCAAGCUACAAUCGUGGUUUGAUGGCGCUCAGGGAUGGAUACUUGUGGCCAUUAUCGGCGUCCUCACAGCUUUUGUCGCAUACCUGGUGAACAGCACGGAGACCAUUCUAUUCGACUGCAAGUCCGGCUAUUGCAAGACGCAUUGGUUAUAUAACAAGAAGAGCUGCUGCUCGGGCGCCAGCACCUGUGAUGAUUGGGAAUCUUGGGCAAGGUUGCUUUCCGGGGACAGGUUCGACGAUGUCUGGGUCGAAUUUGCAGCUUUUGUGUUCUUCGUGGUGUCGUUGUCCUUGCUGUCAUGCCUUCUUACCUUGACAACCAAGACAGUCAUACCUUCGCGGUUUUCCCUCUCAACCCUCGACGAGAACCUAGGUGCCGAUUCGGCACUGCCGACCCCUACAACCGACAAUAAGGGAAGGAAGCGGAGCAUUAGCCCAGGCGAGACAUUUGAGAAGGCCCAGCAGCGUCCACCUAUGGUGUAUUACUCUGCCGCCGGUAGCGGCGUCGCAGAAGUCCGGGUCAUUCUGAGCGGUUUUGUGCUUCACGGAUACCUUGGAUUUCGGACUCUUGUCAUCAAAACCCUGGGACUUAUUCUGAGUGUAGCUUCAGGCCUCAGCCUUGGCAAGGAAGGCCCUUACGUCCAUAUCGCAACCUGCAUAGGUAAUAUCGCCUGCCGUCUCUUCUCCAAGUACAACUACAACGAUGGAAAGCGGCGUGAGGUUCUCAGUGCUAGUGCUGCAAGUGGUGUUGCUGUUGCGUUUGGUGCUCCUAUUGGUGGUGUCCUUUUCAGCUUGGAGGAAGUCAGCUACUACUUUCCACCCAAGACAUUGUUCAGGACUUUCUUCUGUUGUAUUGCCGCGGCUCUCUCACUGAAAUUCCUCAACCCCUAUGGCACUGGCAAGAUUGUUUUGUUCGAGGUUCGCUACGUCACCGACUGGCAGUUUUUCGAGAUGAUUGCCUUCAUCAUCGUCGGUGUCCUCGGUGGCGUUCUGGGCGCUCUGUUCAUCAAGGCUUCUAAAUUUUGGGCGACUACCUUCCGCCGUAUUCCUUUCAUCAAGAAACGCCCCAUAUUUGAGGUGUUCUUGGUGGCUCUCGUAACUGGCAUCGUCAGCUAUUGGAACCGUUAUACUAAGAUGCCCGUUGCGGAGCUCUUAUUCGAGCUGGCCUCCCCCUGCGAUACCUUCACGGAAACCGGUACCGGCCUCUGCGCCACCAAAGAACGGAUCCCAGAGAUCAUUUGGUAUCUCUUCUUGGCUUUCAUCGUCAAGGCUUUGUUAACCGUCGUUACCUUCGGCAUCAAAGUCCCUGCUGGUAUCUACGUCCCGUCCAUGGUCGUUGGUGGUCUCAUGGGUCGUAUGAUUGGUCAUAUCGUGCAAUAUCUCGCACUUAACUACUCGCACACGGGUCUAUUCGGUACCUGUCGCGCAGAUGCCAACCCCGAAUCCUGCGUUGUCCCAGGUGUAUAUGCCAUGGUAGCUGCCGGAGCCACCAUGUGCGGCGUCACUCGACUAUCCGUCACGCUUGCGGUCAUUUUGUUCGAGCUCACCGGAAGUCUCGACCAUGUGCUGCCAUUUUCACUCGGAGUCCUUGUUUCGAAGUGGGUGGCCGAUGCCAUCGAGCCCCUCAGCAUCUACGACUUGCUCACAGACAUGAACUCGUACCCCUUCCUCGACAACAAGUUCCGCCCCGUCUUCACUUCCCAGCUGGGCGACAUCACUCCCCGCGUCCGGGAGGAGCGCAUCAUCGACAUUUCGAACUCGCCUCUCGUCCCCGCCAAGCGGCUGCGCGCGCAGCUCGAGUACCUGCACAUGGGCGGCGAGAUCGACGGCGGGCUUCCCAUUGUACGCGACGGCAUCCUGGUCGGUCUGAUCCCAGCACCAGACCUCGAAUUCGCGCUCGACAAGCUCGACAACGAAGACAACAGCUUGUGUCUGAUGUCGACGGAAAUCGGGUGGCACGGACACGGAGAGGAAGAGGAAGAAGCCGACGACGACCCGACUGAUUUCACGCAGCACAUCGAUCCGGCUCCUAUGGCGCUUGAAUUCCGCUCGCCCAUGGAUCUUGUCUACGAAUGCUUCGUCAAGCUGGGCUUACGCUACAUCUGCGUGCUGCGCGACGGCCGCUAUGCCGGCAUGGUCCAUAAGAAGGCGUUCGUCAAGUACAUGAAGGAACUAGAGGAAGAAGGCAAGAGAUAG